AUGGAGAUGGCGGCGCCGGUCCCGGUGAUCUUCUCCCGCGGCUUCCGCUUCAACCCGACGCCACUCGAGUCCGCCACCUACUACCUCCCUCGCCUCGUCGCCGGCGCGCCGCUGCACGAGGCCGUGCGCCCCGUCAUCAACCACGCCGACGUCUACGGCUGCGAGCCCGCCGACCUCGCCCGCCAGUUCUGCCCGCUGCCCAGGACCGGGCACCGAUUCUUCUUCACCCACUGCAAGCUGCAGCAGCCGCAGAGGGAGGGGAAGGCCAGCAGGGCCACGCGCGCCGCCGGCUCUGGGUCGUGGCACUCGCAGAGCGUCAAGGACGUCGUGGACCACGCCGGUGUCAAGGUCGGCGAGAUCAGGAAGCUCCGGUACAAGAAGGGCGGCGCGUACACGGACUGGCUCAUGGACGAGUACUCGUGCUGUUUGGAGGACGCCGUCGCCGGCGACAGGCAGUUUGUGCUGUGCAACAUCUACGUGUCCCCCAGGGCCGAUCAAGGCUCCGCGGCGCGCCAAGAAUCUGCCGCCUUCUUCGCUCCACCAGCGCCUGCGCCCGUCGCGAUCGCGCAGGCAGCGGCGCCCAAGAGGCCAGCGCCGCAGAGUGCCGAGCCGCCGUGCCCCAAGCGGAUGCGGGGUGCCGUCGCCCCGACGCCUCCGGUCGUGCAGCCGGCGGGUUAUUGCACGGCGUCCUUCGCGCCACCACUGCCGUACGUGCCUCACAUCACCACUUCAGUUCAGCCUCCGCCGCCGCCAGUUCUGACCCGUCUCGCAGCGCCGCCGCCGAGUCGCUCGCUAGAACCCGCGCCGCCGCUGACGCCCCCGGUGCAGGCGCCGCCGGCAACUCUCCCGGUGGUACGUGCUUGCCACAUGCCGGUGGAAGCACCAGCACGUCACUGCCAGCCGCCUCAGCCGUCCGUGCAGAGGAAGCAGCGCACACGUGAUCCGUUUGAAGCCGCUGAGCUGGGAGACGAAGCAGAGGAAGCAGCGCCUGAUCCCAAGGAGUCCCCUGCAGCGCUUGUUGAUCAAGAAGACGACUGGGCCGAGUUGGAAAAGUGCAUGGACGACGCCGUGCCAACAGCCGAGGGCUCAACCAUGACUGAGGAUGAGAUGGACCAGCACUUGUCCUCGUUGUUGUUUGAGGAGUCCCCUGCAGCGCUUGUUGAUCAAGAAGACGACUGGGCCGAGUUGGAAAAGUGCAUGGACGACGCCGCGCCAACAGCCGAGGGCUCAACCAUGACUGAGGAUGAGAUGGACCAGCACUUGUCCUCGUUGUUGUUUGAGUAG